AUGGAACAAGGGAACCUCACGUGGGUAUCAGAAUUUGUCUUCCUGGGACUCUCACAGACUCGAGAGCUCCAGCUUUUCCUGUUUCUGGUGUUCCUGUUUGUCUACACCACCACUGUCAUGGGAAACCUCCUCAUCAUGGUCACGGUGACCUCAGACACACGGCUCCACACACCCAUGUACUUUCUGCUCCGAAAUCUGGCUGUCUUAGACCUCUGUUUCUCCUCUGUCACUGCCCCAAAGAUGCUGGUGGACUUCCUCUCUGAGAAGAAGACCAUCUCCUACCAGGGUUGCAUGGCCCAGAUCUUCUUCUUCCACUUUCUGGGAGGCGCCAUGGUCUUCUUCCUCUCAGUCAUGGCCUAUGACCGCCUUGUUGCCAUCUCCCGACCCCUCCACUAUGUGACCAUCAUGAACACACAGCUCUGUGUGGGACUUGUGGUGGCUAGCUGGAUAGGAGGAUUCGUCCAUUCCAUUGCCCAACUGGCUCUGAUGCUCCCGUUGCCUUUCUGUGGCCCCAACGUCCUAGAUAACUUCUACUGUGAUGUCCCACAAGUGCUGAGACUUGCCUGCACUGACACCACCCUCCUGGAGUUCCUCAUGAUCUCCAACAGUGGGCUGCUGGAUGUCAUCUGGUUCUUUCUCCUCCUGACCUCCUACUCAGUCAUCCUGGUGAUGCUGAGGUCCCACUCUGGGCAGGCGAGGAGGAAGGCAGCUUCCACUUGCACCACCCACAUCGUCGUGGUGUCUAUGGUUUUCAUUCCAAGCAUUUACCUCUAUGCCCGGCCCUUCACCCCCUUCUCCAUGGACAAGGCUGUGUCCAUCAGCCACACGGUCAUGACCCCCAUGCUCAACCCCAUGAUCUACACCCUGAGGAACCAGGAGGUGCAGGCAGCAGUGAAGAGACUAGGGAGGCGCCGGCUGGUUUGUAAAAGGGAGUGACAAUGAGUGGGUCACUUCUCUCUGGCUUUGUUUUCCAUUUGUAAAAUGGAGGGAAAGCUACUGUGUCUGCUGGCUGUCUUCAUAGCUUGUGCAUAUGUUGUGGAGGUCAUCAUAGAAGUGAGUGAGUUUUGAAACUAAGCAACUGACUCAGAUUUUUGGGAAAAAGGGAAAAGUCCCCUUUGGUGGCUAAGGUUUGUGCCAGGUUUCUAAAACCCCUGCUCGUUGAGAAGUGUUCUCAUGACUCUGGAAAGCUACACCCUUCUUUCCCCCUUCUUGGGGGGUCGCUUCCUCUUGUGAUGAGGGCAUUUCCCCCAGCGAAGGCACUUCUAGUUUAUGUGUUUUGACUUCUCUUCCCAGCACCCCUUUUGACCUGUGUCCAGAGUGUUAGAGAAAGCACAGACCUUGAAGACAUAGCCUUAGCUUGGGAGCCCUGGACCCAUAUGUUACCAGACUGCUGACCUUGGAUGAGCUACCUGGCCUCUCUUGAACUCAUGGAUUCCUCCUCACCAAACUGGCAUAAAGUAAUAUCUGUCCCAAUAAUCUCACAGAUUUGUUAUAAGAUCCAAAACGUGUAUAAGAAUAUU